AUGGGAAGACCUAAUAUAGCCAGCCGCUUUAGGGGCAAGAUGGUGCAGCUCGAGACGGUGGAUGGGACAGCACUCCACGCCCAUGCGGAUGUGCUUGACUCGGGGCAGGGUAUCCGCACGGAUGCCCCGUGGGAUAGUUUCAAGACUUCUACGGUGGAGCGGUUCCUGGAGUAUUGCUAUCAGGGCGAUUAUAGUGCUCCGGAACCUGUCAAACCGCUACUAGCUACGCCCACGAGCAGCGUUUACGGUGGGGAUGACUGCGAAGACGAGGGCAACAAAGACGACGGCAGAGUCGGCGACAUCGAAGACAGCGACACUGGAUCAGGACAUCCGGAUGGCUUGGAUUACGGGGAAGUAUUCUUCAGCCAUGCGGAACUCUACGUCCUCUCCCAAACCCAGAGACGAAGCUCGCUUACUACCCUAUGUCUCAACCGCCUUCGCAAAGCACUUGACAAGGCAGGCACGGCACCGGUCCGCCCUCGGUUCACCGACAAUUUGAGCGAUCUACUCCUCUAUGUCUACGAGCACAGCAAUGUGAGCUUGAUCGAUGAUCAACAGGCGCACGGCUUACACAACUUGGUUUCAUCAUGCGCAGCGAUGCACAUCAAGGAGAUGAAAGAGGAGUACAGUUUACUGAUGAGGUGUGGUGGGAAGAUGGCGGAGGACCUGAUGAAGGAGGUGGUCUAUCGGGUGAUGGGUCUCGAGAGUAUGUUGA